AUGCCAUGGAAGAAGAAUCUGCUCAAACGCGACGUCGAACCGACCUGCUCUUGUACUGAUCCGAUCGCCGCCGAGUGGGCAACCAACAAAUUCUUUGCGGAUGCUGCGACAUCUGCUGCGACCCCGGCCGGUUAUUAUCAAGCAUUUAAAAAUGGACAAGCAUGGGUCUCAGGAGAUGGGUUUAUUGGACACACGACGAUUGAUGAGUACGAUAGCGGCAUCUGUGCAGCCAUUUGCAAUAGCAUUGACGAAUGCUCCUCGUUCGAAAUCUACUUUGAGAAGGAAAUCGGCGGACCAGCUCCAGCAAUCAAGUGUUCUUUCUGGGCUGGUUCCAUCAGCCCUGCUGGUCCAAACAGUGCGAAUGCGGUCAUCGCGGGUUGUAACGGCUACACUAACAGCACCUUGACAACUCCAAAAGGAUUCGAUGUGCCAGUGUUCAUUGCGGGCUCGGCGAUCCAUCCACCACCGACCUCUGGGGCAUUUAUGGGCUCAAAGAUCUUCUAUGGCCCAUUUGACACAGCAUACUGCGCCAAGGAGUGCAGCGCGAUCGGAUGUAAAUUCUUCAACACCUAUGUUCUCUCUAAAGACGGUGUGAGCCAGGGUCAAUAUUGCGACAUGUACGCUCAGACGUUCGGACCGGAAUGGGCCACGGAAACUGGAAGAUCAGAUGGGAACACAAACUAUACCAUCUCUCACAGCUUCACCUGCGGUUCCGCUGGAGAAAAACGUGGUGAGGAUCAUUCCAAUACCGGCAGCAAUGGUGGCACGGGAGGAUCUUGGGAAGAUCAUCAUCCCUGGCACGGGAGCAAUCCCUAUGCAGGCAAUACUGGGAGCAGCUCCAGCAGUAGCUCUAGCACUUCGAAAAUUUCCACUUCUGCAGGGCCUUCUGCGACCUCUGGCAGACCGGGAGGUAACGGUCCCAGCCACACUAGACACUCACCAUCUGCUUCGACAUCAGUUUCUCCCACGGAUGGGCACACACAACCUGGAGGGGGAACGGGGACACCAUCGACGUCUGCUUCCAGCACGCCCACGAGCAAGCCUGGGAAUAGCUCGGGAACCCUGAACCCCGUUGAUCCUACCACCCGGAGACCUUCAACCACUCCAACCGGCCCGAGCGGCUCUUCGACUGGUGGUGGCCCAGGACAUUCAGAACCUGUUGAAGCGACUAGCUCGAAGUCGACUCCUUCCGGAUCCGGGCGGCCCCCACACUCGUCGCUCAGCAAGCCGAAUCACGAAAGCCAAUGGCUCGACUGGAACAGUUCUCAAUCAUCAAAGGCCACGGAGUUAUCUUCGUCAACCACCCAAGAGCCUGUUGAUGCGUCGACUACAGAGACCAGCUCGUUUUCCAGCGGGCGGCCAGGACAGCCAACUCGACCUCCGGGUGGUCGGCCACACUCUUCAUCAAACAGAGGGAAUAGUGGCUCCGGUGGCUGGGGGGAUUGGGGAUUCCCAACGGGACAUAGUUCCUCUGAUACUUUGACUACGACGACCACCUCGUCGAAGCCAGUCGAGGCUGCAACGACGAAAUCUACCACCUCUUCCAUCCAUUCUGCCAACCCCACUAUUUCGCACCCCACGCGUCCAGGAGGAUGGCCAUCACACAGCGGAUCAGAGAAACCGUGGCUAGAUUGGACGUCAUCGUCCACUUCAAGCUCUCUCAUCGUCGAUGACCUUACCACAACUUCUUCUGCACUAUCUACAUCUUCAGCCUAUCCACGUCCGAGCAGCUUCACCUGGCCAGCAGAAAAUGGUACCGGAAAGGUCUGGUUGGAUUGGACAACUUCGUCUUCAACUUCAAGCCUUCUGCCUGUUGACGCUGCAACAACCACCUCGAUCCAGCCAACUACCACUUCCACAGGUUAUGUCAGGCCUAGCAGCAGCUUUGCUUGGCCCUCGGAGAAUGGAACAGGACAGAUCUGGCUGGACUGGACGACAUCUUCAACUUCAAGCUCCUUGCUCGUUGACGCGCUAACAACAACCUCAACACUUCCAACGACGACUUCCACUUUGUCGAGGCCGAGUGGCUCCGGCUGGCCCUCGGAGAGCGGGACGCAACGAGUGUGGUUGGACUGGACCACAUCGUCCACCUCUAGUUCUUUGUUUGUUGAUGCGGCAACAACAAUAUCGACGACCACCGCUACCUCGAAUGCAGUGAGGCCGUCGGGCUCUACCUGGCCUGCGGAAAAUGGUAGUGCAUGGGAAGAUUGGAGUAGGACAUCUACGUCUACCUCGACUAGUCUUGCCGUGGCGGACGCCACAACUUCUUCUCUUCCUACAACCAGCUCUGGGGCAGUUUAUUCUAGUUGGCCGUUUGAAAACGGCAGUCUAUGGCUCGACUGGACCAAGACAACUUCAUCUUCAUCGACUGUUCUUCCUGUCGCCGAUGCUACAACUUCUUCGCCUCUUUUGACCACCACUUCUCAGACCACUUCAAGAGCAGCUUACACCGGGUGGCCUUCUGAAAAUGGUAGUCUGUGGCUGGACUGGACGCGGACAUCUUCAUCGACCUCGAGUGUUCUCACCGUUGCCGAUGCCACUACGACUUCGCCCCUGAGCACGACUAGUUCCAUACCCAGCUAUUCCGCCUGGCCGUCGGAAAACGGUAGCGCCUGGUUAGACUGGACACGAACGGUUUCGACUUCGACUUCGAGCAUUCUAUCUGUCGCCGAUGCCACUACAACUUCACCCCUUAGCACGACUAGUUCCAUACCUAGCUAUUCCGCCUGGCCAUCUGAAAACGGUAGCGCCUGGUUGGAUUGGACACGAACAAUUUCAACUUCGACCUCGAGCGUUCUAUCGGUUGCUGAUGCCACUUCAACUUCACCCCUUAGCACGACCACUUCAAGAUAUGGAUAUUCUGCUUGGCCGUCUGAGAACGGUAGCGCCUGGUUGGACUGGACACGAACAGUUUCAACUUCGACUUCGAGCAUUCUCGGUGUUGCGGAUGCCACUACGACUUCUCUAACCACAACUAGUUCUGAACGUGGAUAUUCUGCUUGGCCAUCAGAGAACGGUAGCGCCUGGCUGGACUGGACACGAACAGCUUCAGGAUCGACCUCGACCUCGACCUCGAGCGUCCUCAGUGUUGCGGAUGCUACUACAACUUCCCCAAGCACGACUAGUUUCAAGCCCACCUAUUCUGGUUGGCCAUCGGAAAACGGUAGCGCCUGGCUAGACUGGACACGAACGGUUUCGACCUCGACUUCCAGCGAUCUAUCUGUUGCGGAUGCUACGACCACGUCUCUAAGCACAACAAGUUCUACACCUGGAUAUCCUGCUUGGCCGUCAGGAAACGGAAGCGCCUGUGCAGUCUCAGUGGAUGCCGAAACCACAAGCUCUUUGCUCGCUACCACUUCGACUGAGAGUUCUAGACCAUACGGCUCAACUUGGCCGUCGCACAGCGGCAAUGGCUCUUGGGAAGACUGGGCAGCAACAACAACGUCCGUAAACCCGACGAGCUCUUCGGAAUUGCCGGUUGAUGCUGUAACCACAACAGGUUCAGUUUCGUCGACGACCUCCAUCGCUACACAUCCGGGCUACCCCGGCUUCAAUGAUUCAAAUUCUAUCUGGCUUGAUUGGAAUCUGACGUCGAGGACUUCGUCGUUGCCGGUUGAGGCUGUAUCUACUGCCACAACCUCGAGCUCUUCCCUAUCCCCAACCACGACCAGCUCGACUUUUGGUUACCCUGGCUUUAACGACUCGAACUCCAUCUGGCUAGACUGGAAUCUGACGUCCUUCUCGAAGACACAGACUACCUCUGCCUUGCCGGUCGACGCCGCAACCACAAGCCUGGGCUCCUCUUUAAGCACAACCACGAGCUCCAGUUUCGCGUAUCCCACGACAGGUAAUUGGACAGGUCACAACGAGAGCGCGUGGCUAGACUGGAAUUUGACGGCCACCCGCACAAGUACGCUGUAUGUUGACGGUCAAACAACAUCAUCCUCAAUCGCAACCACUACGAGUUCAGUCAGGGCUUAUCCUACCGGGAGUUGGACCGAGUCACAGUGGCUAGAUUGGACCAGAACUACGAGCUCUGGGAUUGUAUCUACGACCUCGAGCUCGCAAGCAAGCUAUCCGACAUUCCCGGCCUACAAUGGAACGGGCAAUUGGUCCGACUGGCUGUCUAACUUGACUUAUAGCUCUUCCUCAAGAUUUGUUGCACCGCAGACAACCACUUCCUCCGUUCUUUCGGUCGAUGCUACUUCUCUGCAACCUUCCUCGUCCACCACUUCUGUUGCAGGAUAUCCGACGAUUCCAGCCUACAACGGUUCAUAUCCUUCGUCGAAUUGGACCGACUGGAAUGGCACAAUCCCGUGGAAUGUGACUGACGGCAGAGGUUCGACCACAACGUCGAUAUUGUAUGUGUCACCGACGGCUACAAGCUACACGUCAGGAUCGACAUCAACAACGCCCUCUCCUGUGGUGCCUACGACGACUUCGACCUGGGCUUACAAUGGCACUGGCAGUGGUAACUGGACAGACUGGGCUAGUAAUGGGACGGCUCCGUUGAACUACACGAUCCCCCAUACGAACUCGACCAAUUCGACGGCAGGUGGUGGUAACUCGACGUAUCCCGCCGGCAGUUCCUCUGGAUGCAGUGCCACGGCCCCUUCGCAACUUCUGGAGAACCCAUCGUUCGAAUGCUCGGGCACAGGGUGGAACCUGGACGAAGUGGAUAUUGUCUGGGGAAGUGCCUCGGAGUCGUCGACAUCUGCUAGGCGCAUCCGCGAUAUCUUGUCCCCUGACUCGGCAUAUGACGGCAAAGGAUUUGCUCGCUUUGAGCCCGCUUUCGAAGAUGUGACUGCCACUUUGUCGCAGACUCUUGCCGCUCCCGCCACGAGUGGAUCGUAUUGGUAUUCUUUCGCGUAUAGGGUUCCCUCUUCUGGUGCUACACCGGAUGAAUGCACGUUGACAGUUUCGAACGACGAAGGAACACUGGCAACGUUGGGAUCUCUCUCGGCCGCCAGCACCUGGACGAUGACCGGGAAAGAAUUCCAAGUCACAUCAUCGGCGAGCACAUUCUCUCUGGUGUUUAGCUGCUCUGGUGUUCAGACUACCUCACCAAUUCUCGAUGUCGACAACAUCAGAAUGGGUAUAGGCGGCGGCAAUUGGACUGCUGUGAAUGGAACUUCGGGUGGACACAGCAAUAGCACUGGCCUUCCGACUUGGAGUGCUCCCCCCAACAUCACGUAUAGCCCGCCACCAACCAACCUGACUCGACCGGAUGAAGCCGGCAGCCCAAUUGACUAUAGCGGAGGAGCUGCUGGAGCGCCAAUACAAACCACCUCUAGCACUGCGCCGGUGACCGCUUCGACCGUGCUCUCUCCAGCAGCGCCGACACUUGCUGAUUUCGAGAUACCUGCACCUCCACCGUCUUCCUCAUCAGCAGCACCAACGACAUCAUCUCCAACAGCUCCGGCCGCAGCUACAGGUGCAUCAGGACCUCCGGAUGUUAGUGAUCCUACGACAUCGGCGGAUCCUGUAGUCGCAUCGACCACGGCUCCAGCUGCGGUUGAAGAACCAAGCACAACAUCAGCGACGUAUCCUUCCAGCACGGUGUUUUCUUCCAGGAACCGGGUCAAGAGGCACCGAUAUCAUCGGAACUAG